AUGGACAAAGAUCUCUCGAUACGAUCUGAAAAUCAAAAUACCAUGCAACAGGCUUGUGUUCGAAGCUUCCAUGUUCUUUGGUUGGAUGUAUACCAUGAUGAAUCUAAUCGGCAGAUGAGAAACGCAAUUGCUGGGCUACGUGACUUCGUUGAUGGAAUUACCUUACUCGAUGAUGCGGAUGAAUGUCGAGAUUUCUUUGAACAUAGAAAGACUGAAACAAUAUUCAUGAUCGUUUCGGACGUUUUAGCACAGCAAGUCAUUCCGAAAGUUCAUGGGAUGCGUCAACUGCACUCGAUCUACGUCUUUUGUCUUAAGCAGUUGCCUGACGAACGAUGGUUAAAUACAUGGUCGAAGGUAAAGGAAACUACUCCGCAACUUACCUUCAUCUGCGAAUCAAUCAAACGAAUCAUACAACAAUAUAUUCAGGAUACAAUUUCGAUGAGUUUCACUUCAACAAAUGAUCUUAUCGAUGAAAACGAUCAAUCAUUCAUGUAUAUGAAAAUAUUGAGAGAUAUUCUUCUCGACAAGAAUUAUGAUACUCGUGAACAAUCAUUCGCCGCAUUUACUUCGUACUGUCGUCGUAACAAUAUACUAACAAGUAGCAUAAUCGAUUCUUUCGAACAUGAUUAUACCAAUCAUACACCUAUUUGGUGGUUUACGAAGCGAUGUUUUCUUUCUUUAGUACUCAAUCUUUAUAUGAACCGUCAAGAUGCCAAAGGUAUUAAAAGCAUGGAUGUCUUUAUUCGAGCUUUACAUCAAGAAAUACAAACACAUCACGAGCAACAGCAAAAGGAACAUCCACAAGCAUUCAUUGUCUACCGAGGCCAAACUAUGCCACAUGAAAACUUUUCUACGAUGAUGAAAUCGACGAAAGGUUUAAUAUCAUUCAAUAAUUUUCUAUUGACAAAGACGAGUAAUAAGGAUGCUUUUAUCUAUGCACAGCAUGCUCUGAAAAGUUCGAAUUCAAUCGGUGUCGUGUUCAAAAUGAAGAUCAAUCCAUUAAUUUAUUCUAGGCCAUUUGUCCGUCUCGAUAAUGCCAACAAUGGAACAUCAGAAUACUUAUUUUCGUUGAAUACUGUUUUUCGUAUUGAUGAAGUACAGCAGAUCGACAAUGAUACCCGCUUGAGGCUAGUGGAAUUGACAUUAGUGGAUGUCGAAAAUCCACAGUUCAGUAACCUGAGCAAGAGAAUAGAUGAAAUGCUUGACGAAUCAAAUGGCUGGGAGCGACUGGGAAAAUGGUUGAUAAAGAUGCAAGAUUAUGAUAAAGCCGAGCAAAUGUAUCUUGUUUUACUCGAUGAAACUACUGACAACAAAAAACAGGUGAUGUAUUUAGAAAUUCUUAGUAAAAUUAAAAAGAAUCAAGGCAAAUGGAGGGAAGCCAUCACAUUCUAUAGAGAAGGUAUCAACAUCAAGGAAAAAGUUCUUAGCCCGAACGAUUCCAAUUUAGCUGAAUCGUACAACAAUAUUGGUCGUAUGUAUGAACAUCUAGGUGACUAUCCUAGAGCACUUUCGUCCUAUCAGAAAAGUCAUGGCAUUCGCAGUAAUAUUCUCUCGUCAAACUCUGGUGAACUCGCCGAUUCGUUUCACCAACUGGGAGUCAUUCAUGAGAAACUUAGCGAUUAUUUCAAAGCACUGUCGUUUUAUGAACAAGAGUUAACCAUACGACAAAGUACAGUUCCUGUUGAUGAAUCUCGCAUUGCUCGAUUGUAUGAUAGCAUUGGUUCAAUAUAUGAGAAACUUGGCGACUAUUCGAAAUCAAUGUUGUUUUUACAAAAAUCGCUGGAUACUCAUGAGAAUACGCAGCAUUCGGAUGCGAGUGACUUGGCCCGUUUAUAUUACAAUAUCGGCUGUACACACGACCAUAUGGGAGAGUAUGGUGAGGCUCUGAAAUGGAUUGAUAAAUGCCUGAAUAUUCAAAAGAUGAAUUCGUUUCUCGAUCAACUAUUGCUAGCUACAGCGUAUGACAGAUAUGGCAUGAUUAAUGACAAAAUGGGUCAAUAUUCCAAGGCUUUUCUCUUUAUUAAGAAAGCAUUCGAUAUACGAAACAAAUUCUUAGAUGUAAAUCAUCCUGAUCUACUUACUUCGUACAACAACAUGGGUGUACUAUUUAUUCGAAUGAUUGAAUAUUCAAAAAUGUUCACCGCUGAUGAGUUAGCGCAGAAAAGAGAGUACUGCUCAUUGUUCUUGACAGAUAAAGAUACCAGUUAUCCAGUACACGACAUGAAUGAGUAUCCUGAAGCAUAUCAAUUUAUUCAAAAAGCUUUUCAAAUUCGUCAAACAGUGCUACCUUCCGAUCAUCUGGAUAUCGCCGACUCGUGGAGCAGUAUUGGAUUAGUGUCGAUAAAGGCAGAUCAAUAUGCAAGCGCUUUGUCUGCCUACGAAACAGCAGAGCAAAUGCGUCGAAAACUUUUAUCGGCAACGCACCCGGAAUUGAUUCCAUUGUACAAUUCUAUUGGGCUCAUUCAUACAGUGAAUGAUGAGUAUGCAAAAGCGUUUACAUAUACAGAAAAAGUUACCGAAAUUUAUCAGACAUGUCUUUCUCCGAAUCACCCAUACGUAGCAACUUGCUACAAUGUUAUAGGUUUCACUUAUGCUAAAAUGGAGAAAUUCACUGAAGCAAUUUCACACUUGGAAAAAGCGAUUUCACUUUACAAGAAAUAUCUUUCUCCCAAUCAUCCAGAUUUGUCUACUACGCUGAACACGAUUGGACUAGUACAUUACAGAAUGAAUGAUUAUUCUAAAGCCCUUCCAGCUUUUGAAAGUUCAUUGGAAAUUCGUGAAGCAAAACUGCAACCCGAUCAUCCUAAUUUGACGACUACCUACGAAAAUAUUGGAUUGGUGCAUCUGAGAACAGGCAACUAUUUCAAAGCGUUACAGGCCGUGAAAAAGUCUCUGAUUAUGCGUGAAGAAUCACACAUGUCAAUUGAUUCCCAGUUAGCUGUAUCGUAUAACAACAUUGCAUUAGUUUAUGCGAUGAUGGAUCAGUAUUCUGAGGUAUAUUUCUAUUUUGAAAAAUCUUUUAAGAUUCGAAAUAAAACCUUACCGGAAAAUCAAUCUGAUUUCAUUACAUACAACAAUAAUGUUGGUUUAGUUGAUUUUAAUAUGAAUGACUAUUCCACAGCGUUCAUAUGUUUGAAUAAAUGUGUGAAAUUGGGCGAGGCGAAGCUUCCUCCCGAUCAUUGUGACUUGGCUCAUCUUUAUAAUAAUAUCGGCAUUAUAUAUGCAGGUCAAACUGAUUACUCCAAAGCGCUGUCAUUUUUAAACAAAUCAUUGGAAAUUCGAAAGAAAAUAUUACCUCCAAAUCACCUUGAUUUAGCUAUUUCUUAUAACAAUAUUGGUUUGGUUCAUCUUCGAACUGAUAAUUACUCCGAAGCGUUAACAUUUCUGACGAAAUCGAUCGAAAUACAUGAGGAAAGUCAACCAAUAAACUAUCCUGAUUUGGCGACAGCGUAUAACAAUAUCGGUUCAACUUAUGAUCAAAUGUUCGAAUAUGAAAAGGCCAUGCCUUUCUACGAAAAAUCAUUAGAAAUUCGUCAAAAAACGCUUCCUUCAUAUCAUACUAAUUUGGCUAUCUCUUACAACAAUACCGGCCUGGUAUAUGCAAUCAUAGGUCGCUAUACAGAAGCAUGCCCUUUAUUGGAAAAUGCACUUGACAUUCGAAAGAAUAUCCUACCGGAAAACCAUUGUGACUUAGCGACAUCUUAUAAUAAUCUUGGGAAUGUGUAUUCGAAGCUACAUCAAUUUGGAAAAGCGCUGAUAUGCUAUCAUCAAGCAGUGACGAUUGCUGAAAUCAAUUCAGGCAUAUCCCCGUCUGAUUCCAUCACGUUUCACAACAAUCUCGGUCUCUUAUACUGUCACACAGGUCAAUUUUCAAUGUCAAUUCCAUAUCUCCAGAAAACAAUUGAAAUUCAUCAAAAAUAUGUUCCUUCUAAGUAUUUGGAAUCGGCUAUUUAUUACGAGAAUCUUUGUAAUGUCUACAUCAAACUAGAAGAAUAUUCCGAAGCACUUUCCUAUCAAAUGAAAGCACAUGCAGUAUAUGAACAAACACUUUCCCGUCAGCAUCCGAUCAUGGCGAAAUCUUACACGACGAUUGGUUUCAUACAUGAUAACGUCGGUGAUUAUGUAAAUGCUCUUCAAGCUUAUCGUGAAGUAGUACAGAUUCAGGAAGGUAUCAAUUCACUUGACCAACAAGAAUUAGCUGUUGCAUAUAAGAAUCUUGGUAAUAUUUACUCGAAAAUGAGCAAUUAUUCUCGUGCAUCGUUCUACUACGAGAAAAGUCUCAUUAUCGAUGAAAAUACGUCAUCGGACAACGAUCCAGCUUUGACUAGUAGUUACAAUCAACUUGGUUUAAUUUCAGAACUCCAAGGCGAACAAUAUCGAGCAUGUUCAUACUACGAAAAAGCCAUAGAAAUGUGUCAGAAACAACCCUAUGAGAACUCUCGUAAUCUAAUCUUAUUUUAUAAUAAGAUCGGCAGUGUCUAUUCCAAACUAGAUCAGCAUGACAGAAUAACACCAUUGCAUUCUCAACAAUCGAAGAACAAAUCAAAUCUUCUUGCUCUGGAAGCUCACGAUACCACGGAUACUUUUAAACAGGGAAAUAUGCUGCAGGGCCCUUUAAUGGAAGAUUUACCACGACAAAUUUCAAUUGGCGAACUUCCCUUUCACAUUUCACUUUACUCACAAACGGCAAAUUGCCCUCAUAUACGAGUGAUGCAACAUGCUUGA